AUGGAGCAAGGGAAGAAGGAAACUAAGAGAGUGCUGAUAACAUUUGACAUCGAUAGAACCUUUAUUCGAAGCACUGGUCCCAAUUCCAACCACCUUCAUCGUCAAGCUUUUUCCCAUGCUUUGCUCCAAGUUUUUGGAAUUGAUGGUACAAUCGAUGUCAUUCAGCAUCAUGGUUCGACCGAUCCUGCAAUCCUUGUGAACACGCUUGUCCACUAUGGGAUACCAUCUGAGGUUUCUACUGAAAAGCUCUCGGAUUUAAAGUCAAAGAUGAUUGAAUAUGCUAAGGGUCAUGCUAAAGACAUUGGAGAGGGUCUUGAAGUUACUGGCAACUUGGAAGAGGUUGCAUGGAUGAAGAUGGAAGGCUUGGGCAUCGAGAAAUAUUUUAGUGUUCCACAUAUUGGAGGGUUUGGGAGUGAUCACAUUGACCGAGGUCACCUUGUCAAAAUUGCAGCAGAAAGGGCUGAAAAGCUUUUUCCGGGGAAAUUUGAUUUGCGAGUGCAUGUUGGAGAUACACCAAAUGAUAUUCGAGCAGCUGAAUUUGGGGGAGCUUUGGCAAUUGGUGUUUGCACUGGCAUCUUUGGGAAGGAGGAGCUGGAUCCAGCUAGCACUGGAGGAGCUGUCGUUCUCCAAAAUCUUUCUGAUUGUGAGAGCUUCUUAAAUUUGCUGGGUCUUUGA